UCGGUUACUUCUGUCCUGUUAUUUCAGUUAAGCAUACAAGGAAGACCAAUUUGAGUAGCCCAAAAAAUGGCCAUUUCAAGGCCAAAAUUGCUUCUUGUAGUAGUUGCAUGGGCAAUAUGUUUGAUGGCUGCAAAUGUGGCAGCUAAUUAUGAGCCUCAUCCUUAUGUAUCUCCACCUCCACCAUUGAACUCCGGUUACCCCAAGUCUCCACCUCCACCUAAAUCAUACAGCUCACCACCACCGCCGCCACCCUCUCCGCCACCGCCGCAUUAUUUCAAUCCAUCACCACCUACUCCAUAUGUUCACAAAUCUUCACCUCCUCCUCUAGUAUGGUUUCCUCCUCACACAAAAAAUUCACCCCCACCGCCUCCAACACCAUACGUCCACAAGUAUCCACCACCGCCGCCACCGCCACCAUCUCCGCCAACACCAUAUUACAUGCACAAAUCUCCUCCACCGCCACCAUUCAUAAACAAGCCUUUUCCAUUUCCACUUCCAUUUCCUCCUACCCAAUACAAACACAAGUCACCACCACCACCUUCUCAUGUUUACAAAUCUACACCGCCGCCACCACUGGUGACGUAUGCACCGGCUCCAUCACCGGCUAGCGACGUAGACAAAUCACCACCACCCACAUCAACAUCUCCCUCAACACCAUCGUCAUACUACAAUCCUCAACCAUCGUCUCCAACUCCGUCACCAUCCAUUUCACCUCUUCCUCCACCAGUUUCCGCGUAUCCGCCACCAACUCCGGCACCAUCUCCUCUCCCUCCACCUCCGUACAAAACACCUCCACAAGAAACUCCUCCGCCAUCUACUCCUCCACCUCUUCACGAGUACAAAUCACCUCCACCUCCGUCUACAUCCCUGCCUCCGCCGUAUCUCUACAAGUCUCCGCCGCCUCCAUCUCCAUCUCCUCCACCACCUUAUUACCAUCGUUAAGUUUCCUCCACCGGAAGACAACUAAACUUUCAUCCAUUUUCUGUGACGCGUAUGCAUGGCGUUUUACGUCAUUUUACCUCAUUUUAUCAUAUACAAGGAUUAUAUUUCAUAUUUUCGUUGGGAGAGCUGAUGCUAAAGAAGAACGUGCGAAGAUACAAAGAAUGAGUCAGUCAGAUUUGUUGAAGAAUAAAUGAAGCUAGAAUCAUAUGUUUCUCAUGCUUCAUAAUUGGUUUGAUCAUAUUUUAUUUUGCAUUUUAUGUACACUUAUUAUUAUUACUGUUGUCGGUAUUAUUAUUAUUAUUAUUAUUAUUAUUAUUAUGAUUUUCCGGUUAAGAGUUACGGUUAUUGUGUCAAGUCUUCUGGACAAGCUUAUUUCAAAGCUAGUGUGCCACCGUUGAUCAUUGUUAGUUGCCUCGCAUCAUUAUUUAAUGAGAGUUUAUAUGAGACAAUAAACUUAGUUAAUCUCAAUUUGGUCAUACUACCUC